CGACCAGUCGACGCUAUUGUGAUUUUGUACGCUUCAAUGGAGCAAUUUCCAAGGUCGAUGUGGGGACCAAUAUAACUGCAGAGUGAACAGAGUACACAAACAGCUCGAUUGCACCGGAGCGGAGCUCCUGGCCUGGAAAUUGUGCUCUGAAAAGCUUUUACCAUACUCGAAGAUGAAGAAUGUGAGAUAAGCUUGCGUUGAUCAUCUUGACCGUGUCUGAUUAGUUGGAGAACUGUUUACUUACCAUCUUCCCAUCACGGAAAACAGUAGGCCUACACAAAACAACCAAUCAAAAUGAAUGGAACAAAAACCGAGAAUGAUAAAGUUGGUGUUGUUGACGGCAGCCGGUUCAUCUUUGAGGAACGUCACGUGGACGCCCAGCGGAUCGAUGAAGCUAACCAGCCUAUGAUCUCGAGCCAGCCUUCCCCGGACGCCUUCAAGCCUCGCCCCUCUCGACCGUUCCCCAUCUCCAGCCGAGAUGAGAACCCCAAGCGGGGCAACUGGUGGAACAAGAUCGAGUUCAUUUUCGCUUGCAUUGCGCUGUGUUGCAGCGUUCGAAGUUUCUUUGCAUUUCCCUACAGAGUCCACCGUUUUGGCGGAGGGAUCUUUGUGAUCUUGUUUGUUCUCGCUAUGAUCUUCUUCACGUUCCCGUAUAUUGUUCUGGAAAUGGCUUUGGGGCAAUUCUCCAGCUCCGGUAUAAUAUCUGUGUGGAACAUCUCUCCCCUUUUCAAAGGAUUUGGUGUUGUAGCCACGCUGUCGCUUGCAUUAUGGAACGUGAUUACCAACGUCUUUUCAUCCUAUCAUCUGCUAUAUGCCUUUAUUACCAUCAAAUCGUCCGCAACCUCAAUGAAAUUACCGUGGCUGGAUUGCUCAAAUGCGUGGAACACCGACGGAUGCUAUGAUAUGUCCACGCAAGUCGUAUUAACAACUGCGAAUGCAUCUGCAUUGAACAACGAGGGGAGAAGUGUGAACUUGUCCUGGCAGAGUGUAGCGAGCCCUCCAGAGUACAGAGCGUUGUUCUCCGCUGCAACAGAAUAUUUCAGGUCGCAAGUCACCAAUGGGAACGAUGGUGACUUGACAAAUAUCGGUGCUCUCCAGCCAACCUUAGUCUUUGCUCUUCUAGCUACGUGGGGCUUCGUCUUGGUACUCAGCUGCAUGGGGGCUAAGUGGACGGGCAAAGUGGCGUACUUCAUCAUGCCUAUUCCUCUCAUUCUUGUCUUUGCUUUGCUCAUGCGCGGAGCAACGUUGCCAGGAGCGGUUGAUGGGCUGAUCAGUUUCCUUGCCAUUGAUUGGGCCUUUCUUCAGUCUUGGGACCUGUGGAUGAGUGUCUUUAGUGAAGCUGCCUUCACCGGUGUUAUGGGACAUGGAGUAUUUUCAGCGUUGUCAAGUUACAACAAAUUUCACAACAACCUGUGCCUUGACGCCCUUUUUGUCACGGCUGUCGCCAUUGUCUUCAAGAUGAUGGUGCUCUUAACAGUAGCAACAUUUCUUGGUUACUGUGCCUUUUUCAAUGGAACCUCUGUUGGGUACAUUCUUGCAAACGGAGGUUCUGGUCUCCUCACGACAAUGGCUGUUCUUCCAACAAUCCUCGGUACCGUUCCUGCGGCCAAUGCUUGGACAUGCGUGUUUUUCAUCACCAUGUUUCUCCUCUUCACAAGCUCUUCAAUCUACAUGGUUCAGGCUUUGCUGACGACUCUUCUGGACCUGUUCCAUUUGCCGCACUCGGUUAUCUUCGUGUUGCCGACCAGCGGCAUCAUCUGUGUCGUCAGUUUCUUGCUAUCUCUUCCCAUGGUGACAGAGUCUGGGUCAGCUAUCCUUGAGGCUCUCGAAACCUACACUGCCUACUGGGGUCCUUUGAUUGUCGCCAUUGUUUUGCCGCUGGUCUCAGUCUGGAUGUACGGUACUGUGCCUAAAUGGAAUAUCAUGCGACUGUCCAAGGAAAUCCAGGCAAUGGUUGGCUUUUUCCCUCUGCCCAUUCAGUGCAUUUUCAUGUUUAUCUGGGCUAUUGUUAUACCAGCAGUGUCAGGGGUAUUGUUCGGCUUCUACUUUUUACAAAUGUUGACAUGGCCGGUCUAUUUCUACCGCCCUCACUGGAUGACAUACAUCUUGCUUGUCAUGGGUCUUGUACCGCUACUCCUAAUACCAAUUCUUGUCGCUGUCUGUCAACUUUUCAAGAGGAGACGAGGCUACACAUAUUUCACACAGUUGUUUUGGAAAGCUGCUGUACCCUCUGAAGACUGGGGUCCCUCGCUUGAGCUUCACCGCCAGCAAGUUGGAUACACUCCAAGCACCGAAGGAGAGCGCCACCCCCUCAACUCUGAGGUGCACUAUAACCCUGCCACAUCGCACGUCGUCACGCACACGGUGCCAGAUCCGGCCGGAGCUGGCUACCCGCACCUGCGGCAGUACAGCCCCCCGCCACCGGCCUACAACGACCACCAGCCAGGGACCAGCAGCCCGGGUUCCGCUAAGAACCUCUCGCCGGCUCCCAGCUCUACGGGCUCCGGGCUGCCGACCAUCUAUCCGAGUCCCUUGGUGGAGGCCAGCCAGCCACAGCCUGCCUCCCCAGCCACCGUCUCAGCUACGGACACGAUGGGCUCCAAUCGUCUUUAUCCAUCAGCGACGAUGGAUUACACGACAGGUGGUGAGACAGACUUGGCCCUGUCGGAGCCCGAAGACUCCUUGUUCGUCAAUGUGUCAUCUCACGAGACCACGCUCUGAGACGGCUAACUUCAAGACAUGCAUAAAGACUUACCUAAUCAGAGAAGGGUGUAUUAUCUGCUUUCACAAUGAUACUUCAGAGGAACAAGAAGAUGCCUUUCAGUUAACCGUGUCAAAAUUACUUGGCUGCAGCUUGAAAGAACACACGACCCUUUGGUAGUGGCUACAUAGACUCGUUUAAUAAAUUCAAGUGGCAGCCGAGUACACGUGUAAUUCGGACAUGGCUGAACAUAACAUUCAGCCGUCCCGAGACUGAAUGUCCUCUGGUGUGUACAUAUACAUGCGUUAUACUUCUUGUAUUCAUGAGCCAAGAACCUUCGAAGAGAAAUCGGGAAAAAAUUGAGACUAGAAAACUCGGUUUUGUGAUUCAACACUGAGGCGAAAAAGUACACCUUGAACAAUAUUUCUUCAACAGUUUCAGUGGUUAGUAGACCUUUAGGCUAUUAAACCGAUAUCUGUACUUAUUCAUGCACUGAGCACAAACAGUGUUAUACCUGUAGUUUUCCUCAUAGGAUGUAUUCUGUACUCUGUUUUUUAUGUUCCCGUACUUGCCACGGUUAGCCAAACUGUUCAUUUAUAUUUGUAAAAUUAAGCGUUCCUUUUGGUAUAUGUAAACUGUAAAUACUUUUUGAGGAAAACAGCAAAUGUAUUGUCAAUAUUUCAGGGAUUUGAAAUGUUAGGUGCAUUUGCUGUUUAGUUUGGGUUAAGUUUGGAUAUUAGUAGAUUGGCUAAUAAUAAUGAGUGUUUUUAAAUGCUCCCAAAACUGGAAUCAUGGUUAUCGAGUUUAAAAAUGCACACUACACAAAAUCCGACGUUGUUUCUGGAACGAAAUGUGGGCCAUGAAGGAAACUGAUAUUUUAAAGCCGAGUUCUUGUCGAUCAACAAGAGGCUUAACAUGAGUUUUUUUACUAAAAUUUAAAUAAAGUAAUGAGACAUCUUUUGCACAAAGAUCAUUGAUAUACAAAUGAAAAACGAACGACCGAAAGGCAAUACGCGAGAACACUUGUGUGUCAAAAAGUAACUAAACCGCGGGUCGUAAAUGGCGAUUUUGCGCGUUCAUCCAAAUUUACUGCCUCGCCAUCAAUCAUUGAAAAGUACUUGUCUACAAUGCCUGUUCGUUUUUUAUGAUUCAGACAGGGAAUAACUUAAUACUUAUCUUUUUCUUUAUCCUUUUUGGAAUUUAUGGAGGUUUGGAUGGGAACUGACAGAAAUCUUUGCUUAAAUUUUUAAUGUUUAACGCAUGUGUAAAUUCCAAUCUCGAUGUCUGUUUUUACAUUUGUUCUUAUCAAUCGUUUCAAUAAGCUGUCAGUAUAACACUUUCAUUUUACGUAAAUAGUUUUCAGCAAUUCAUUAUCGAAUGCGUAGUUUUAUAGACUGGGGGUUGGGCAAGACGUAGUUGGGCUUGGAGUAGAUUUAAAGAGAACAUUGUCAUAGACUGUUAUUUAAAAGUAGACCCAGAUAAGUUCACGUUGCUGGACAGGUUCAUCGACAUAUGACUUAAGGUUUGGUUCGAGGUUAUCGCGGCACUUGGAAGAGGCAGCUUUGAAAUGAUUGGACCGCAGUGAGAGAGGCAUGGAGCCCCAUGGGCAUCAGUGGCGUAUCCACGUCUUGUGUCCCGAGAUCUAGUGAAAUUUCUCUCAAGACAAUCCACAAAAGAAUCCUUACACUCACUGCCAUAACAGGUGGUUGUGCCGUUUCUAAAAUGCUGGCUCUUUUCAUUUCUAGGAUACGCGUCAGUCUGUGGUCCUUGCUUGAAUAGUUGAGAUUGGAUAGGAGCACAGGCCAACCAAGGUGCGAUUGAACAUGUCCGCUGUUUUACAUGUAUGUUACUUGCACGAACUUUGAACAUUGCUGAACAAAUCCCGCAUUUUGUCUCUGUCCCUUAAGUUCAAUGUUGCCUUGAAGAAUGCCAAAGCAGGCGCCGUUCUAUACAGCCAUUUUUUGGGGGGGGGGGGGGUGGGAUGGCCAGACCUUUCACACGUGACGUUACCUUUAACUUGUGUUACUGCUGUCAGUUCUGUUUCUCCACUUUUUUGAGGGGGGGGGCUGACAAAACGUUUUGGGGGGCUAGAGCAACCAACCCCCCCCCCGAACCGCUCCUGUGCAAAAGAUAACUGCUUUCACAAUGCUUUGAAUGUUAACUGUUGUAAUUAAUCUUUCUGUUGUUUUUUGGCCUUUUAGCAUCCAUUAAUAACAGAAUUUUCACAUAACAGUUACUGUGCUUAAUUAUGAAAUGUUUGGAGCAGUAAACAAGUCAUUAUGUGCCAACCCAAAUGGAAAGUUAGUCCAGUACACUAUUGCAAUAAAUAUCCUACAUGUAAGCAUUGGCGAUAAAACAA